UAAACGCUUACCUACAUGUCAACCCAUUAAUUUGGUCAAUUUCAUGUAGGUACUCUGAAAAUACGAAUAGAAGUAACAAGAAAUAUAUAGUUGAAUUGCCUACCCGUAAAAAUGUCGUUGGAGACGGUGCCGAAAGAUCUCCGAGGGUUAAGAGCUUGUUUGGUUUGCUCAUUGAUCAAGACAUUUGAUCAGUUUGAAUAUGAUGGGUGUGACAACUGUGAUGAAUUUCUACGACUGAAGAAUAAUAAGGACAAUGUUUAUGAUUGCACUAGUAACAAUUUUGAUGGGAUGAUAGCUGUUAUGAGCCCAGAAGAUAGCUGGGUCUGCAAAUGGCAACGUAUAAACCGGUUUUGUAAAGGAGUAUAUGCAAUAUCAGUAUCAGGAAGAUUACCAGCCGGUGUCAUAAGAGACAUGAAGAGUCGGGGCUAUGUUUACAGACCAAGAGAUACAAGCCAGAGAUAAACACCUAUAUAAUUUUUUAUUAAAAGUAAUUUUAUUUCAAUGUCUUAUAUUGAACAGGAAA